GGGAUCCGAGUGGGACCGACUCCGCCUGCACGGUGUCCCAGAGCGGAGGCGGCAGGGAGCGCCCCACCCGUCAGCCAGGCGGAACCAAAGAUGCCGGCCUCUACUUUGCGGCCCCGCCCGGGCUGUGGGCCGCCUCCGGCCUCGCCCUUCCCGCUGCUGCUGCUGGCGGUACUGAGUGCUCCGGUGUUUGGCCAUGUUCCCCGUUCGGUACCCAGGACCUCGCUUCCCGUCUCCGAAGCUGACUCCUACCUCACGCGAUUUGCUGUCCCUCAGAUACAUAAUUACUCUGUUCUCCUUGUGGAUCCUGCUUCCCAUACACUUUAUGUUGGCGCCCGGGACACCAUCUUCGCUUUAUCUCUACCCUUCUCAGGGGAGAGACCCCGCAGGAUUGACUGGAUGGUGCCCGAGGCGCACAGACAGAACUGUAGGAGGAAAGGCAAGAAGGAGGACGAAUGUCACAAUUUUAUCCAGAUUCUCGCCAUUGCCAAUGCCUCUCACCUCCUCACUUGUGGCACCUUCGCAUUUGAUCCGAAGUGCGGGGUUAUUGAUGUUUCCAGUUUCCAGCAGGUUGAAAGACUUGAGAGUGGCCGAGGGAAAUGUCCUUUUGAGCCAGCUCAGCGAUCAGCAGCUGUAAUGGCUGGGGGUGUCCUCUAUGCUGCCACUGUGAAAAACUACCUGGGGACGGAGCCGAUUAUCUCCCGGGCUGUGGGUCAUAAUGAGGACUGGAUUCGGACAGAGACCUCACCAUCCUGGCUUAACGCCCCAGCCUUUGUCGCAGCCAUGGUCUUGAGCCCAGCGGAGUGGGGGGAUGAAGAUGGAGACGACGAAAUCUACUUCUUCUUUACGGAGACGUCUCGGGCAUUUGACUCAUAUGAGCGCAUUAAGGUCCCACGGGUGGCCCGCGUGUGUGCGGGGGACCUUGGGGGCCGGAAGACCCUCCAACAGAGGUGGACAACGUUUCUGAAGGCUGACCUCCUGUGUCCGGGGCCUGAGCAUGGCCGGGCCUCCAGUGUCCUGCAGGAUAUGGCCAUCCUGCGACCGGAGCAUGGAGCAAGGACUCCCAUCUUUUAUGGCAUCUUUUCCUCCCAGUGGGAAGGAGCUGCCAUCUCUGCUGUCUGUGCCUUCAGACCACAAGACAUUCGGACAGCGCUGAAUGGUCCCUUCAGAGAGCUGAAACAUGACUGCAACAGGGGACUGCCUGUCUUGGACAUUGAUGUGCCCCAGCCAAGACCUGGAGAGUGUAUCACCAACAACAUGAAGCUCCAGCGGUUUGGCUCGUCUCUCUCCCUGCCUGACCGUGUGCUCACCUUCGUCCGGGACCACCCACUCAUGGACAGGCCGGUGUUUCCAGCUGAUGGCCACCCCCUGCUUGUCACUACAGAUACAGUGUAUCUCAGAAUUGUGGCACACACGGUGACUAGCCUUUCAGGGAAAGACUAUGACGUGCUCUACCUGGGGACAGAGGAUGGACAUCUCCACCGAGCAGUGCAGAUUGGAGCCCAACUCAGCGUCCUCGAGGAUCUGACCUUAUUCUCAGAGCCACAGCCAAUUGAGAACAUGAAAUUGUAUCAAGAGUGGCUCUUGGUUGGCUCCCGUACUGAGGUGACACAAGUAAAUACAACAAACUGUGGCCGUCUCCAGAGCUGCUCAGAGUGCAUCCUGGCUCAAGACCCUGUCUGUGCUUGGAGCUUCCGGCUAGGAGCUUGUGUGCCCCAUACUGAGGAGCAUGGAGGGCUGGUGCAAGGCAUGGAAUCUGCAGAUGUCUCCUCUUUGUGUCCCAAGGAGCCUGGAGAAUACCCAGUAGUAUUCGAAGUUCCAGUGGCACCAGCUGCACACGUAGUCUUGCCAUGUUCCCCAAGCUCGGCAUGGGCAUCCUGUGUGUGGCAUCAGCCUGGUGGAGUGACUGCACUCACCUCUCGGAAAGAUGGGCUGGAAGUGGUGGUGACUCCAGGGGCCAUGGGUGCCUAUGCCUGUGAAUGUCAGGAGGGUGGGAGGGCACGCGUAGUAGCGGCUUAUAGUUUGGUAUGGGGUAGCCGGCAGGGCCCCCAAAAUAGGGCCCACACAGUGGGGGCUGGGUUGGCUGGCUUCUUCCUGGGAGUUCUUGCAGCAUCCCUAACUCUUCUCCUGAUUGGCCAGCAUCAGCAGCGACGGCGGCAGAGGGAACUCCUGGCACGAGACAAGGUGGGCUUGGACCUGGGGGCCCCACCAUCUGGAACCACAAGCUAUAGCCAGGACCCUCCCUCCCCUUCUCCUGAAGAUGAGCGGCUGCCCUUGGCCCUGGCCAAGAGGAGCAGUGGCUUUGGUGGCUUUCCUCCACCCUUCCUGCUUGAUCCUUGCCCAAGCCCAGCUCACAUUCGGCUAACUGGGGCCCCUCUAGCCACAUGUGAUGAGACAUCAAUCUAGAGCUGGGCAAAUGACUCCUAGUGCAUGUGUCACUGGAAUGGAGUGAUUAGUGACAUGUGGGAUCACUGGGCCUGGAAGACCAUCAGGAUCUCUGAGCUUUUUUUGAGUCUGAGUGAUCACUUGGACUUUAGUAUCUGCUCUUUCUGGGCCUACAGGCUCAUGUCCAAGUCAGGCCUUUGCCUGGUUUUUUGAUUCCCAUGGGAGGUAAGAGCUGCUGCUGCAGCUAAUUGGGCUUUUCCUAACCCUGCCCUUUGAACCCCUGUGGCUCCUUCAGCCCUGGCCCCUAUUUCGGACCCAUUAGUUUUGGGAUUGGAACACAAGAGACAGCUAAGACUUUGGCUUCUGAUUGGGCCUUGGCUAGAAGGAGAAGCGAUAGAGGUGGUUGAGGAUAAUGUGCACUGAGUCCUCGGGUGGUUUUGUUGAUUCUCCCAGUUUAUCUGACUAAAGUGCAUGACACCCAUGCUACAACAUGGGAUCUCUUCCCUGAAAUGUCUCCCAUUCCAGUUCUUCCAUGAAAGAAUGUGUGUAAAUACAUGGGUGUUCAUA